AUGCAAAAAGAAAUGACAGACGAAAAGAGUGCUUUGGGCGCGGACGAGGCUUGUAGGGCAAGAGGGCAGUCUGAAAACCCUGGAAAGUGGAUAAGAGGAGAAAGAAUAAAAGACCAAGGCGGUGUGGCAGUGCACUGCGGAAUAGACGCAAACACGCUGAAGAGGAUUGACUGGAUCGAAAUAGCAGCGCAGAAAGAAACCGCAGAUAAGAUAGAGCAAACGCCAAGCAUCUUUGAGAAGAGCUUUCUCCCGAGAGUGAUUGGCCACUGGAUGGACGGCAACACAUUGGUGCUUGUGACCGAGCCUCGGGGAGCGCCUUUAGCGCGCUCUCUGCUAAGCAGCAAGCUGGCUUGCGCCGCGCAGUCUGCGCCAUUUCUCUGCGCGGUGUCAAAGAAAAUACUUCUUGCAGUGACGUGCAUGGAGCACGCGAAAAUAAAAGGAAGAGUGUCCAUGGACGGGAUAAGCAUGACAGAGGAGGGAGACGUGUACAUCCACAACAACUCCAUAUGGCGGGAGCUUUUGGGGAUGGCGAUAUCCGAGACCCAAACCGAGGAGGAAAGGCUGCGGGAAGUCGGGGUGGCGCUGCUUUUCCUGGGGACCGGGGAAAUGCUGGAGGAGCUGCAGGGCUUUGCACGGGCCAGCGACUUGGACGAGGAACGCAUGCACUACAAAGUUUUGAGACAGGUUAUAAAAAUACAGGUGCCAUGUUUUAAGGAGGUGGUGAUGUCCUUGCUGGGAAACCCAUACACCCCGCGCCUUCUGGAAGAAACGCUUGCAAUGCACUUUUUCUUUCCUGGAGAGGAGCAGGAGAUAGAGCCGUGCCGCUGCAACACAGACGACUAUCUGGGCGAAGAGGCUGUGGAAGAUAUUUAUUAUAAGGAGAGCGGGUUUGGGGUUCCGCACAAAAAAACAGAGGAGAUAUACGACCUUGCAGGGGGAGUGGCGGUGAAAGCGUCGACGCUGGACAGAAACAAGUUUACGUUCCAGAUGCACUUCUUCAAGAGCAGCAAGAAGGUGUCCUUCUGCUUUGACAGAGACGCCGACACGGUGGACAGCGUGGUAAAGGAGAUGGAGGACGAGGGCCUGGCGCAGGAGGAGGAGAUUGGGCUGGUCAAAGCCCACAUGGAAAAGCUGAUUAUAAAGAUAGACGAGGAGUUUAUAGACGAGCUCGGCAUGGGGAGCCCGAACGAAGCCACCACACAGAGCGUGGAGGGCGCGGGAGGCGGGCACAGCCUGCAAGCUGAGGGCUCGGAGGACAGCAGCGACUAUUCCAUAAAAGAGUUCAAAGACGCGCAGCAGAUAAGCGAGUUUACUUCUGAGGUGGCCCUGUGCGCAAAGCGCGCGAAAAGCACAGCAGACGGAUGGACGGAGCUUUUAAGGAAGCAGGACAUCAAAACAGUGGGGGAUUUGCGCAUGCUCAUAGCCGAGGACUGGGAGAAGCUGGAGCUUCCCGUGUUUGCGUCCAGAGCAAUGAAGAAUAUUCUGUACGGAGAGUCCUGCGCGCCGUACAAAGAGAAAAUGCUCGGGAUAGACGAGAGCAUGAAGGAGUAUCCAAACGAAAGCAGGGUUGAGGACCUUUUGCAGGACACCGCACAGAGCCACGGGAGGCCAGAGCUAUUUAGCGGGUGGCUGCACCGGGUGAAGUGCCAGGACAUCCGAACAGUGGGAGAGCUAAAGCUUCUGCGGGAGGAAGACUGGGAGCACUUGGGCCUUACUGUGUUUUCGCACAGAGCAAUCUGGAAUGCGAUCUUCCGGCGCAGCAUGUGCUAG